AUGACAGAGCAGCCACUUUACUGGAGAAUGGAAAGUAUUAGUCUAGUGAAAAUGAAGAAUGGAAAGUAUCAAGACGAGAAUACAGGCUAUGAUAGAGAUUCUGAGCGAGUGAAUGAGGUUGGUGAUACUGCACACUUUGAGGAGAGUUUUAAUGGAUCAAACAAUGGAGACAUCAAAGUCACAGAAUGUGGGGGAGAAGGAUCAAGCAACAGAGAUAUUGAAAGUGUUCCUGAAUGUCUGGAAGCUGAAGCAAAAUUAAAUCUCAGUGCUGGAAAUUCAGCUUUUAAUGAUCCAGAGAUAACUUGCUUUAUACAGGUUUCUUCGAGUUCAAAAGCUAAUGUACUUAAUCAACAUAAAAGCACUGAAAAACAGCCAAUAGCAAGAAAUGUUGUCGCUUUUCGUGCUUUCUGUACAGAGAAAGUUAGCCAUAGAUUAUAUCAAAGUGUAAACAGGGAUAAGGAGAGUGUAAAUUCAUAUCAACCAGGCGUGAAGCAGAAUGGAUCUAGUUUUUGUUUCAAAAAUGAAGAGCGGGCAAUGAAAAGGAAAGAGUUCUUUAUGAAGAUUGAGGAGAAAGUGCAUGCCAAAGAGGAAAAAACACUUCAUCUCCAAGCAAGAACCCAGGAAAAGAAAGAAGCAGAGAUCAAACAGCUAUGGAGAAAUCUCAAUUUCAAAGCAACUCCAAUGCCUGCCUUCUACCGUGAACCUGACCACCACUCAGAAAAAACUAAG